UUCUGCCCCAGGAGAAGUGCCCGCGAGAUCCGGUGCAGGACCCCCCCUGGGCACGCCCCCGGUGGCUCCCCCAUCCUCAUCAACAUCAACCGGGCAGAGCUGAGCAACCCCGAGGUGAAGUACAACUACACAGAGGACCCCACCAUCCAGAAGAUCGAUCCCGAGUGGAGCAUCAACAGCGGUGGGACACUGCUGACUGUGACUGGCACCAACCUGGCCACCAUCAAAGAGCCCAGGAUCCGUGCCAAGUACUGCAGCUCUGAAAGGGAGAAUAACUGCACUGUGUACAACGACACCACCAUGGUGUGCUAUGCACCCUCCAUUGACAACCCCGAGCGCAGCCCGCCGGACGUCGGCGACCGCCCGGAUGAGAUCGGCUUUGUCAUGGAUAACGUCCAGGCCCUGCUCAUAGUCAACACCACCAACUUCGUCUACUACCCAGACCCUGUCUUUGAGCCGCUCAGCCCCACGGGGAUGCUGGAGUUAAAGCCCAGCUCUCCCCUCAUCCUCAAGGGCAGGAACUUGCUCCCGCCGGCCGCUGGUAACUCCCGCCUGAACUACACGGUGCUGAUCGGAGACACUCCCUGCACCCUCACCGUCUCCGAGACCCAGCUCCUCUGCGAGUCCCCCAACCUCACCGGCCAGCACAAAGUCACGAUUAAGGCUGGAGGGUUCGAGUUCUCCCCUGGGACGCUGCAGAUCUACUCGGACAGCCUGCUCACCCUGCCCGCCAUCAUCGGGAUCGGCGGCGGGGGUGGGCUGCUCCUCCUCAUCAUCAUCAUCGUCCUCAUCGCCUACAAGCGCAAGUCCCGGGAUGCCGACCGGACCCUGAAACGCCUCCAGCUGCAGAUGGACAACCUGGAGUCGCGGGUGGCCUUGGAGUGCAAAGAGGCCUUCGCUGAGCUGCAGACUGACAUCAAUGAGCUGACCAACGACCUGGACGGGGCUGGCAUCCCCUUUCUGGAUUACCGCACCUACGCCAUGCGGGUUCUGUUCCCGGGGAUAGAGGACCACCCUGUGCUGAAGGAGAUGGAGGUCCAGGCCAACGUGGAGAAGUCCUUGACCCUCUUUGGGCAGCUCCUGAACAAGAAGCACUUCUUGCUGACCUUCAUCCGCACUCUGGAGGCUCAGCGGAGCUUCUCCAUGCGAGACCGUGGCAAUGUGGCCUCGCUCAUCAUGACGGCGCUGCAGGGCGAGAUGGAGUAUGCCACGGGCGUCCUGAAGCAGCUCCUCUCCGACCUCAUCGAGAAGAACCUGGAGAGUAAGAACCACCCCAAGCUGCUCUUGCGGAGAACAGAGUCGGUGGCAGAGAAGAUGCUGACGAAUUGGUUCACAUUUCUGCUGUACAAGUUUCUGAAGGAGUGUGCCGGGGAACCGCUGUUCAUGCUCUACUGCGCCAUCAAGCAGCAGAUGGAGAAGGGCCCCAUCGAUGCCAUCACGGGAGAGGCUCGGUACUCCCUCAGUGAAGACAAGCUUAUCCGGCAGCAGAUCGACUACAAAAUGCUGACCCUCAACUGCGUGAACCCCGAGAAUGAGAACGCCCCGGAGAUCCCCGUCAAGGUCCUGAACUGUGACACCAUCACGCAGGUGAAGGAGAAGCUGCUGGACGCUGUCUACAAGGGGGUGCCCUAUUCCCAGCGCCCCAAAGCUGGAGACAUGGACCUGGAGUGGCGGCAGGGCAGAAUGGCCCGGAUCAUACUGCAGGACGAAGAUGUCACCACAAAGAUCGACAAUGACUGGAAGAGGCUGAACACCUUGGCCCACUACCAGGUGACGGAUGGCUCCUCGGUAGCGCUGGUGCCCAAGCAGAACUCAGCGUACAACAUCUCCAACUCCUCCACCUUCACCAAGUCCCUCAGCAGAUAUGAGAGCAUGCUGCGGACAGCCAGCAGCCCCGACAGCCUGCGCUCGCGGACCCCCAUGAUCACCCCUGACCUGGAGAGUGGCACCAAGCUCUGGCACCUGGUGAAAAACCACGACCACAUGGACCAGCGGGAGGGCGACCGGGGAAGCAAGAUGGUCUCCGAAAUCUACUUGACCCGCCUGUUAGCCACCAAGGGCACCCUGCAGAAAUUCGUGGACGACCUGUUUGAGACCAUCUUCAGCACAGCACAUCGUGGGAGCGCGCUGCCCCUCGCCAUCAAAUACAUGUUUGAUUUCCUGGAUGAACAAGCUGAUAAGCAUCAGAUCAAUGAUUACGAUGUCAGACACACCUGGAAGAGUAACUGUCUACCUCUACGUUUUUGGGUGAAUGUGAUUAAGAACCCCCAGUUUGUGUUCGACAUUCACAAGAACAGUAUUACUGAUGCCUGCCUAUCCGUGGUGGCUCAGACAUUCAUGGACUCCUGCUCAACUUCUGAGCACAAGCUAGGAAAAGACUCUCCCUCCAACAAACUACUGUACGCCAAGGACAUCCCCAACUACAAGAGCUGGGUAGAAAGAUAUUAUGCAGAUAUAGCUAAAAUGCCAGCCAUCAGUGACCAGGACAUGAGCGCGUAUCUGGCGGAGCAGUCGCGGUUACACCUCAGCCAGUUCAACAGUAUGAGCGCGCUGCACGAGAUCUACUCCUACAUCACCAAGUACAAGGAUGAGAUUUUGGCCGCGUUGGAGAAGGACGAGCAGGCGCGGCGACAGCGGCUGAGGAGUAAGCUGGAGCAGGUGAUCGACACAAUGGCCUUAAGCAGCUGA